CUUCGCUCUCCGUACGAAAACUUGGGUGGAGAGGGUCACAGACAUGGCGGCUGUAAGGAUGGCAAAGCUGGCAGCCACGCCCACAGGUCUGAUGUUUGCAUCUGUAAGUGUGCAGGCGGCCAAAGGAGAGAACUCCAAAAAGCAGCUCGUGAAGCCAGAGCAGCUCCCCAUAUAUACUUCACCACCUCUCCAGUCUAAAUACAUUGAAGAACAGCCUGGUAAAUUACAAAUGGGCUUUGCCUCCAUCCGCACUACAACGGGUCGUUACAUUGGCUGGUGCAAGGGUGUUUAUAUCUUUAUGAAAAAUGGGAUAAUGGAUACAGUACAAUUCGGAAAAGAUGCAUAUGUUUACCUGAAGAAUCCACCUCGAGAUUUUCUUCCGAAACUUGGCGUGAUUACCGUUUCGGGAUUGGCCGGCGUGCUGUCAGCAAGAAAAGGUUCUAGAUUUAAGAAAAUUGCUUAUCCAUUGGGACUGGCCACAUUAGGAGCAAGUGUUUGUUACCCAGUCCAGUCCGUAAUCAUUGCAAAGGUAACCGGAAAAAAGGCAUAUGCAGCAAGCCAGCAGAUUUAUGAAGCAGUUAAAUCAUUGUGGACAAAAAAGGAGUCACUUCCUGAACCUAAAGAAAAAACUAAGCCUGGAAGGUCCGCUGAAAUAGAAAUGCCUGCAAAGCCAGCUCAAGACCUGAAACACUCAUCAGCCUCGCCAACAGAACUGAGAUCGAAAACGAACACCAAAUCAGAAUCCACCUCAGGUGCCACACAGUUUGUGCCGGACCCCAAGCUCAUGGACCACGGGCAGUCCCAUCCAGAAGAUGUAGAUAUGUACAGCACUAGAAGCUGAAGUAGUCUACAUAGGGAAUUACAGAUGUGUGAAGUUCCAAUAAUGAGGAAGAAAUCAUGUGAUGGGUAAUUGUGGCACAUAAAGCAUAACGUAAAGCAGAUUUAUCCUUUACACCUUCGAAUGUGUAGUUUGACCGAUCCCAUAAGUGAUUAAACACAAACAGGAAAUGCAGUCCACACAGUAUGAAAUGAUUGGUGAAGAGGCGGAAGCAGUAGUAUUAGGAUGCAUUUGGUGAAUUGUAUUUUAUAAAAAAUAGAGUACAUAUGUGAACACUUAGGAGUCUGAAACCUGAAAAAAUAUGUAUGUGCAUAUAUAAAUACAUAAACACAUAUAUAUUUGCUUUAGCUUUUUCUAAUGAAUGCCAGCUAAAUUCGAAUGGUUUGUGGAAGGAUACAUUCCCUAUCCUUCUCUUUUUUCAUUUCCCAGAGUUGGAAUAAAAUAUACCUA